UUAUUUUCUCUUUCCCUACUAACGACUAGUCACCAACCUUGAACCCACGCCGUCAACACUGAAUACACUCAUCAAAUGCAUGCAUAAAAUACAACACUGAUAAAAUCGUCACCUAGCAAGCAUUCUUUCCUUCAUUAUCGAUUUCUUCAACACAUACGAGAUCAUUACAAGUGACAUCGCCGUCUCCUUAAGAUGGAUUCUACCAUUUCCCAUAAACUCUCCGCUAAGAGAGAAAGGAAGGGUGAGGAUUGCGACGAGGGUCAGAAGCGCCAAAAGCUUCAACAUGAUGACAAGCCUAUCGUCACAGACAACACCAUCGCUCAGUUGUCCUUUAGGUCAUUUCCGGCUUCCCUUAAAGAUAAGGUAGUAAACCAGUCGCCCUUAUUCCCUCAGUUCAGAAAACUCCCGGCGGAAUUGCGUCUCAAGAUCUGGCGAGAGAGUUGGGAGCCCCGAGAUGUAGUCGCCUUACGACACUUGGACGGUAUGAAUGGUCCAAGUAACAAGCACCUAGAACCCUCGGGUAUGCUUCGGGGCGGUGAUGCCCUCUUCCGACAACACUUAAGCGCUACUCUACGCACAUGGGGUGUGUCGCGAGGUGCUCAACUAAGCGCCGGCCCAUUGGAUUUGUUUAUGCUUAACAACUUCGAGACAUCUACAUGGUCUACUAGCAAGCCUCCUAUGUCUUUGUGGGUCAACAAGGAGUCCCGCGAAGAGACAUUGACACACUAUGAGCUUGCUCUAGCCUUGCCUGAUGGUGAAUCGUUGGUUCCGGGCGGUCAUUCUAAGUUAUACUUCAAUUUCAACCUCGAUGCACUAGUGUACCCCCUCCACAGAUCUCUGUCGCUUGCCUUCUCUCAAUACGACUUAAGCCGAGUGAUAAGGAUCUCCGUUCCGGAGCUGGUUCCCGCCCUUCCGAUUUUUGCUAAAUGGAAUGGUCCCCAAGGCAAGAAUCGAUCACGAACCCUCCCAAAGGUGGAUGACGAAGACGUGGCCAUCUGGCACCCGGAUUUCAGGUUUGCUUGGCGAGCCCUACGACAAUGGUUUCCCUCCCUACGCGAGAUACGCCUCUUGCCAUUCUACACCUGCAAGUACUACCACUCCAAUGAACCUACGCCAACUCACGCAAAUUGCGCAUCAUGCAAUGGUCUCCACGCCGAAAUUGCUAGGCGAUUCCCACACCUAAGCGAAGACCCCCAAACCCCACAGUACGACUUAGACCGUAUACUCGAUCGCAUUGAUAUCAUGCAACCUGUGUUCAAGGACGAGACCUUGGUGAUUGGUAGAGUCGCGGGUAAGCGUCAGGGCGAGUACGAGGCUGUAACGGUUACGUUUCGGGCAAUAUACGAAGGAGACGAGCGCCCAAACAUCCUUAGACUUCCGAACCCAGGACUGAAUUGGGAUGAUGUGAAACGCAGAUGUGUCGUGAAGACACUAGAACAUGUAUUCGCGCCGCAAUUGGGCCAUUUCAUGGUCUACAACAUUCAGCAGUAACACCCGCGCGGAAGAUAUUCUGAGAGGGUGCUUCGCAUUUCAGCCAACAAGGAAAGGAGAGGGAGGAAUCAAGUUGGCCGUUAGGCAUGC